UCUCGUUGGUUCUGGGAAAAUUGGUGGUGUGUGAUUGUACCGCGGUGUGUGUGAUAAGACACGAUCGAUUCGAAUUCUCGACAAAAGCACGCAAAAGGGAUUCGACUUGUUUCCGGCAUUCGAAGGAAGCCGGUUUCGGACAGCGGCCAUUUCGACCACUACCCGAUAUCGCAAUGGUUCGAGGUUCGUGGAUUUCUCUUUUCGCGUCCCUAGCCCUGGUUGGAUGUAUUAGCGGCGAGCCCAUCGCCAUCGAGCAGAUACUGUCCCUGUGCUGCCAGGAGGGCGAAGAGUGGGGCCUCCAGAGUCGGCUGUGCUCGAGCUACAACAAAUCACUGGAGCUGGUCCCGGCCGGUCUGCACGGGCUGUGCCUGUCGACCAUCGAGAUAUGCUGUUCGAAGCAGCACAAGAUCUACCAGUGCACGGCCGGACAGAUUGCGGCCAAACAGGGACUCAGCUGCUCGCUCAAGGGCGACCACUCGGGGUCGGAGUUUUACACGGACUGCUGCGAGGCGUGCAAGAUCGGGUUGGUGGUCGGGUCGAGUGGGUAUAAGUGCUCGGUGGAACCGUUCGCCUUCGGGAGCCCCUGGGACGAGAUCUACGAUGGGUGCUGCAACGACAUCAAGAAAGAAGGUGAAGUCAUCCUUCUCGGGGCGCAUGAUGAGCGUGGCCUGUGCGAACAGUUUCCGUCCGUGUGCUCGCAGCUGUGCGAGAACACUGCGGACGGCUCGUAUGUGUGCAAGUGUCACCCGGGCUUUAAGCUGCAAUCGGAUCGGAGUACGUGUGCUCAAGUUUCGGACGAAGAUAAUGAAGCGCUGGACAGAAAAGGCUGCGGCCGGGGUUACAGCAGGAGCGCGCGCACGAACCAGUGCGAGGACGUGAACGAGUGCGAAACGGGCGAAGCCACGUGUAACGUCGAGAGCCAGGUUUGUCGGAACACGCGCGGUAGCUACCAGUGCGUGGACGUGCUGCCCCCGGAUAUUGCCUGCGACCCUGGCUAUCAGCCAAAGCACGGCAAAUGCGAAGAUGUGAACGAAUGCUUAGAGCUGCUUGACGCUUGCGACCGCGAGAGAGAACAUUGCCUGAACGGGCGGGGCAACUACACCUGCCUACCGAAGGCGGUCACGAUGUGUCAGCCGGGCUUGAGCUACAACGCGAGCUUGAGCACAUGCGAAGAUGUCGACGAGUGCAAGGAGGAUGCGGCGUGUGACGAAGGCUAUCAGUGUGUCAACAUCCAGGGGUCCUACGAGUGUAUAGCUGUGGUGGCGAAUUAUCCCAUCGCCCCGCCGCGGAAGAAGGGGGAAACGUGUACCCCGGGCUUCCGGAGACAUAAUGAGCAGUGUGUCGAUAUCGACGAGUGUGCGGCCGACAAGAACGCCUGCGACAGCAAUCAGCUGUGCACGAACGAGAUCGGCGGGUUCAGGUGCGACUGUAAAAUUGGAUUCAUCCUGGAUGCCGUGACGAACGCGUGUGUCGAUAUCAACGAGUGCCAGGUCAACGCGCACGAGUGCCUGGAGUCGCAACGGUGUGACAACACCAUCGGAUCGUACACCUGCAUCCGGCUGCAAAGUUGCGGCACCGGGUACACGCUCAAUGCGGAAACCGGCCACUGUGACGAUGACGACGAGUGUGCCCUCGGACGGCACAACUGCCGGCAUCCGUUUGUGUGCUACAACACCAAGGGCUCGUUCCGGUGUCGCCAGCAGUCCCGCUACUCGCCCUACGCAACGAGCACGUCGACAUCGACCAGCACUACGACCACUACCACCACUGCCCGGCCGUACCGGUACGGGUCCGAGCAGGAUCCGCCCUCGCGCUACUCCUCCUACACGCCCUACCUGCCACCGUGCGGUAUCGGCUUCGAGAGGAACAGCCUCGGAGCGUGCGUCGAUAUUAACGAGUGUGCCGACGAACAGCGGUGCCUUCGGCAUCAGCAGUGUAUCAACUCGAACGGAUCGUUCCGCUGCCGGGACUUGCUGACCUGCCCCGUCGGAUUCCGUGCCAACGAUGAUGCCACAGAGUGCUUGGAUAUCGACGAGUGCGCUACUGGUGUGGCGCACUGUGGACCAGAUCAGACCUGCAAGAACAAACAGGGUGGGUACGUGUGCGUGUGUCCUCCGGGCCACAUGAUCGGGCAGCACCAGCGCUGCGAGGACGUGGACGAGUGCGCGAUGCACGGCACCAAGGUUUGCCAUCAUAACUCGCGUUGCAUCAACACGAUCGGAUCAUUCCGGUGUGAGUGCAAGGAGGGCUUCAAGAAGCAGGGUUCAAGCGACAUCGUGUGCACGGACGUGGACGAGUGUGCGGAUAUACCUGGUCUCUGCCAUCAGCGGUGCCUCAACUACUGGGGCUCGUACCGGUGUGGCUGCAAUCCUGGCUACCGGCUAAGCUACAACAACCGGACUUGCGACGACGUGGACGAGUGCGAGGAGUACAAGUCCACCAACCUGUGCGUGGGAAUCUGUGAGAACACAGCCGGGUCGUAUGCGUGCCGCUGUCCUCACGGCUACAAGCUGGGUGCCGAUGGUCGAAGCUGUUUCGACAUUGACGAGUGCCAGUCACGCGAUGUGUGCAGCGGGCGCCACGAAAUGUGCACCAACAUCGGUGGAAGCUACCGGUGCACGCGAAUCGAGUGUCCUUACGGCUACCGACACGACGCUGACAGACGGAACCGUUGUGAGCGUAUCAACCGGUACUGCGAUGUUGGCGAUACCGAAUGUCUACGCCAGCCGCUCUCCUAUUCGCACAACUUCCUCACGAUCGUUUCGAACAUCCCGAUACCACCGGAGGGCCGCGGUCUGUUCACGCUGACCGGUCCGCAGCAGUACGAGAUGAUUGAUUUCGAUCUGAAACUCGUCUCUGUGGAUGCUGCACCGCACGUUCGGCCGGUGGAUCUCAAUUACUUCAGCCUCGACAAGAAAACGAACGAAGCUCAGGUAAAUCUGAGGAAAAGCAUUGAAGGACCGCAGGAUAUCGAGCUCGAGUUUAGUGUGUCCGUCUUCCUGAACGGCCAUCUCUACGGAACCAACGUGGCGAAACUGUUUCUGAUGAUAUCGGCCCAUGAGUACUAAGCGCCAGCAGUUGACCCCCGGGUCAUGCAGCAGAGGUCAGCAGCGGUAGGCUUAGGUUACUCUCUAGUUUACGCUUUGGAGAACAUUUCCGAUUAGAGUGCUCUUAUGGUGACAUUAGGUCAAUCCAGGCUUUCGGUUUGUACUUAAACCGUCGUAUUGCUAAUCAACAGCCGCGAUAGAACGCUACAGCAAUGAAAAGUGAAUAAAUUGAAGU